AUGGCAGCAGCAGUUAUGACUCCAAUGCAAGGUCUUUCUUUGGAUGGCGGAAUCAUGGCCCCAUCUCCUGUUUCUGGAAACUCUUCUCGCCAUGGUAGAAGCAAGCACGGUGGCAGUGUUGCUAAGAAGGGAGGACGUGGUCGUGGAUACUCAGUUGUCGAGGACCGAGAGGCUCUCAUCUCUAAAGCUCUUACCUUUGUCCUGAAGAGGACUAUCAAGGAAGGCGAGAAACAAGAAGAGGGUACCGAGGAGAAACUUGUAGCCGAUGCAGAUGGCUGGGUUGACUGCGAGGAUGUCCUCGAGAAAGAAAACCUCAAAUCUCUCGAAGUAACAUUCGAGGAGCUCCACUCAGUUGUAACAUCACCUAAAUCCCGCUUCGCUGUAAAGCUCAAGUCCGACUCCGACGCAGAAGAAGCAGACGAGUCAGACUACCUGAUCCGCAUGAUUGCCUCCGCCAUUCCUUCUACCACCCCCUCCGCCACAACCCAAAAGCUUACACCUCUCAGCACCACAACUGAGGACCUGCCAGACUUGAUUGUGUAUGAGACUUCCUACGCUAAUUACCCUCUCAUCCUACAAUCUGGCGGUAUCAAGCGAGCCGGUGGACAACCCCAUUUGCAAUUCGCAAGUAUCCAAAUAAAUGAGGACGGAACCGAGGAGAGGAAAUCCAGCGACGCCGAUGUAUCAAUCUACAUCGACCUCCGCGCCGUGAUGGAAAAAGAGCCUAAAAUCGCCUGGGCGAAAACAGAGAGUGGAAACGUCGUUACAGUAGGUAACGCCGAAGGUGUCCUAGAGAAAAAGUACUGGAAGAAAGCAGUUGGUCGACGAGCAGACAUUGGUGUAUUGUACGAAGAUGGUGUUGUAAAGAAAGAAGUCCCAAUCGGACUGAGAGGAAAAGGAGCAAAGGGGAAGAAGGGACUCAAGGGCAAGGGAGCCGGCGUGCAAAAGAAGGAAAUGAAGGCUACUAGUGAAGAUGACUCUGCUAGUGAGUAG